AUGGUUAAUGCUGUAAAAGAGGCAGUUAUGAAGGCAUUAGAUGCCCCUAAAUCACGUAGAACAAAACCCUGUGGCAUAGAAACGACACCAAACGCCUCAGAAACAUUAACUACAACUUCACCACCACCACCAACAUCAACGGUAGCAGCACCGUCACAACAACAGCUACACAACCACCACCACCAACUACUACAGCAACAGCAAUCCAAAAUUACGACCACAACGAAAAAGAACAACCCAACCUCGGCACCUCAUACACAAAACAACGUCAUGAAUACGAACAAAGGUGCCCUGGGCUUGGGCACUAGCAGCGGCAGUCGCUACAAAGUGACCGCACGCUGUGUACCGGAAGUUAGUAUAACAUCGCCCGUAACACCACCCACAGAGAGUCAGUACGGUUGUGGCAGUAGCAGUACUAGUAGUAGUAAUAAUCGUAGUAGUAAUAGUUGUAGUAAUAAUCAUCAUGUUACGGCAACAGUCCCUUCAUCAACAACACAGCCACAGCCACCACAAUCACAACAACAUCAUCAACAACAACCAUCAACACUACCAACAGCAACAACUACAACCACUACUCCAUCACUUAGUUUUUCACAAGCCCAAUAUUUUAGUUUUCCCAACAACACAACCACCAACAUAAACACCAACAACAUUUACAAUAAAAACAACUUGAAAUACAACAACAACAAUAAUAAUUAUAACAACAAUAUUAAUAACAUCAACAACAUCAAGAAUUUGAAGAAUACAAUAAGUCAGGCAAACAGUAAAAGUAAAAGUACAUUUGAUUGCUUGCCCAACCACAGAAACGUAACUAAUUCCACAAUUUUAUCCUCAGGAGCGACUUUAGUAGAGGAGGAGGAUUUCAAUGAACUUACCGCCGUACCCACAGCCGCAACACAAGCAACAACACAAGCAACAACACCAGCAACAACAACGCCAGCAAACAUUGUGAUAGCAGCCAACAACACCCCAACAACCACCACCACCACCAAUAACGACUCGACCAAAGGGAACAAUCGCAAAGUGUCCAGACAUUUGCCACCGCUGAAACUACAAAGUAACGCGGCUACCUUAAUAACGCCGUCGGCUGGUCAGGGGCCCUGUUCGACAAUUGCAGCCACCGUAAGAAAUGUGUUGCAACGUCAACAGGCCUCUUCAACAAGUCCAACACAACAACAACAGCAGCAGCAAACAAAAUCAAAACGUACGGCCACAACGACGAAUAUAACCGCCGCAAAAGACGACGACUUCAAUACACAGGCCAACGAGCAUACGCCUCUGUUCACGGACCUGCAAAGAGCUCAGCAACAGCAACAGCUAACGCAAACGCCUACAUCGUCGGCCUCGUCAACAGCUUCGCCCAACUAUAGCAUAAUUGCGAAUUAUCAAACAAACGUUUUAAACACCACCACCGUUGCUGCCUCUACUGCCAUCCCCAAUUACAACAACAGCUCCGCCAACACAACCACCACCAACAAUCACACCUUUAGUACUACUGCUGCUACUACUGCAACGACUACCACCUAUUCGCACAACUCGAAAACAACACGUUCCUGGCCAGUGAUCUAUCGCAAUCCCCAUCACUACGACUACGAGGCUCUCUAUGCGCCCAAUGCCAAUUUGAGAGCGAACCAACAGCAAUACGCGGCUCCCUCAGUUACCUUCAAACAGAACUGCUAUUCGAAUCAAUUCAAACAGUCGAUUGUCUACUCGUCCAGCAAUGAGGACUUGACUACCAUUAAUGAAUGCGGGUCAGCGGAUGGUGUGGUGGCAAAUGGUAAUGGUGGUAGACACAGCAGCAGUGGCAGCAGCAGUAUUUUUGGUGGUGGCAAUAGCAAUCCCAGCUGCAGUAAUCUCCAGAAACUCAAUCAACAGCAGCAGCAACAACAACAACAAACGACUUGUUACUAUUUUUCACCUUCGCGACACAAUAGCAUUUAUGAACAUCCCUCGGCUGUUGUCGCCAGCUCUCUACAAUUCGAUCCUCAUACAUCGGCCGCUACAACAGCAGCUGCGGCCGCUGCGGUCGAGUCCAUACGACGCAGCAAAAGUAUUCUGUUGCGCAACAGCAGUUGUUCCUCGAAAAUUAUGCAUCAAUCAAGUGGCGGCGGCAGUGGCGGUGGCAACCUAGACAGUCCCACCUCGCUUAAUUCGGCCAUGGAUGUGACCAGUAAUGUUGGCUCCUCAACAUGUUGCUCAAGUUGUUGCAUGGGCCCGCCGCCUGUGCUCUUCCUUUUUGUCACUCUGCUGAUGACAACCAGUGCCACGGCGAUGCUAUGUGCUGCCAUUAUGACGGAUCAUUGGGAACAUGUCAAAUGGGAUCGUAUUAGUUUAGAUCGUUAUUCGAAUCGUUCAAAUUUACAGCUCGAAUGGAUAAUGGAGGAUAAGGUGGCGAUGUUGAAACCGGAUAAGAGAGCUGAUCAUCGUUUUCGUCGUGAUAAUCUAUUUUUGGUGCCAAUGCAUGGUGGCAUUUGGACUCUAUGUAUAGAUCUUCCUCUACAUGAAAUACAAGAACUGAGAAGACAUCCAAAAUUUCCCCGAAGCGCACCGACAUGCCUUAACUAUUUGGCUGGCUCAACGGAAAAUGCCCGUGGCGAGGAGCAGCGCAACGAUUGGCAACAUAGUGAGUCACAGACCACAUUGCAGCCUCAUUUAAGUACGUAUGGUACAAUCUAGGUGUAAAUUUUGUUUGUCUCUAUAUCUGU